AUGGCUCCGCGAAAGGACAUAGACUACAUGGAUGGAGAGUCCGAUUCUGACGUGGACGUCAUAGAUGAUUCUGGCGACCGGGGUAAGAAAGGCAAGGGCAAGGCGAUAGACAGAAGAAAGAAGGACAAAGGGAAGGGAAAGUCGAGCGAGCAACCCUAUGCUUGGGAAGCGUCUUAUACGAGGUCUUGGGACACUGUACAAGAGGAUGAAGCAGGCAGUUUAACAAGUGCUGUGGCGGACUUGGUUGCACGAGGCCGGCGUAGGAGGCUACUCGCUCCAGCUAAUGCAAUCCGUCGGACAAUUAUCCGUCACCUUAUUAUAAUUUUGGAUCUCUCCGCCUCCAUGCUGGACAGGGACAUGCGGCCAACAAGAUUUGGUCUAACGCUUGAGUAUGCUCGGGAGUUCAUAGUGGAGUGGUUUGACCAGAAUCCUCUGGGCCAGAUUGGACUGGUAGGCAUGCGUGCUGGCCUCGGUGAGCGGUUGAGCGAGAUGUCGGGGAACCCGCAAGACGUCCUCAAAGCUCUCUCGGAGAGACAUAAACUGGAACCAGCCGGGGAGCCUAGUCUACAAAAUGCCAUAGACAUGGCUCGCACUAGCAUGAGUCAUCUACCUACCCAUUCGUCUCGCGAGAUAUUGAUUAUCUUCGGGUCCUUGACAACCGUCGAUCCUGGAAACAUCCACGAUACUCUGGAUGCAUGCAUCCGAGACAGGAUACGUGUUUCCGUGGUAGCACUUGCUGCAGAGAUGAAAAUCUGCCGAGAGUUCUGCGAUAAAACGGGCGGACAGUUCGGAGUUGCGAUGAAUGAAGGCCAUUUCAAAGACCUCCUGUUCGAACUUAUCCCCCCGCCAGCGCAGCGCGCUCUGUCCCGCGCUGCUGGGGCAGGGGCGACAAAUCUUGCGGCUGACCUCAUGAUGAUGGGUUUCCCUGUUCGCUUACCCGACACCUCGCCGCCCACCCUCUGUGUCUGUCAUUCCGAACUGAAAAGUGAAGGCUUCCUCUGUCCAAGAUGUUCAGCCAAAGUCUGCGAUGUCCCCACCGACUGUGAUAUCUGCGGCCUGAUGAUCGUUAGUUCGCCUCAUCUUGCACGAAGUUAUCACCAUCUAUUCCCCGUCAAACCGUAUCAAGCGGUAACUACACUCGAUGACACCUCUACACCAGCUAAAUCGUGCCAUGCUUGCGCUCGGUCCUUCCCAGAAGCUGCCGCUACCAAUGUAGCCACAACUGAAGGAUUGAGUCCUCUAGGUCGGUACCGUUGUCCAGACUGCCACCAUGACUUCUGUACAGACUGCGACGUCUUUGUCCAUGAUGUCGUCCACUGCUGUCCGGGCUGCGGCAAGUAA